AUGGAUUAUGAUCUAUUAAUAACAGGAUCAAACUUGGAAGAGAUAGAUGAGUUCAAGAGGUUAAUGGAAGCUGAGUUUGAGAUGACCGACCUUGUAAAGUUAAAAUAUUUCCUAGGAAUGGAGUUUACUCAAACUACUACCGAUCUUGUGAUGCACCAGCAGAAGUAUGUGAGAGAGCUUCUCGAAUGGUUUAAAAUGACUUCAUGCAACUCAGUUAAAAGUCCUUUGGAGGUCAACGUCAAGUUAAGGAAAGAUGAGACCGAAGAGGAGAUGCAAUUUGAUGUUCAACGUUGGACUGAUCAGCAGGUUCAUGAGCCAACCAAGGAAGAGCCACAUGCUUGCUGCCAAACGGAUACGUCUAAUUGUGGAAUUCUGUUUCAAGCUGGAAGACGUAAAGAUGAAUUGAAGCUCAUAAGCUACGGUGACUCAGACUAUGGGGGAGAUCCAGUGGAAAGGAAGAGUACGUUCGGUGGGUGCAAAACCAGUAGUAUAUCCAUGGCGGAUAAGGAACUGCACAUUGUUGUGUUUCCAUGGCUAGCCUUUGGACACAAUGUUCCAUUUUUGGAGCUUGCAAAGCUCAUAGCUCAAAAGGGUCACAAAAUUUCUUUCAUUUCCACACCUAAAAACAUCCAUCGCCUCCCAAAACUUCCUGAAAAUCUGAAACCUUUGUUGCAUCUGAUAGAAUUCCCACUCCCCCACGUUGAAGAACUCCCUGAAAAUGCAGAGAACACGCUGGACACUCCUCCGCACUUGGUUCCAUACCUCUUCAAGGCUUACGAUGGUCUUGAAGAACCUUUGACUGAAUUUCUGGAGAAGAGCACCCCAGAUUGGGUCAUAUGCGACUUUGCACCACACUGGCUGCCUCCACUGUCUUCCAAGCUAGGUAUCCCAUGCAUAUUUUUUUCUAGUUUUGCUGCAUGUGCUUCGUCUUUUGGUUUGGAGUUGUUUAAGGGAAAGAAGAGUAUGGAAUCUGGGGAAGCCAAUCUUUUGCGUGAUGCGUAUAAGAGGACGCAAGUGGGUCAGAGUUCUCCGCCUAAGGAAGUGAAUCGGUUCUUAGAAACCCUGAAAGGUGCUCAAGUUUUCGCUACAAGAAGCUGCAUGGAGAUUGAAGGCGAGUUUGUGAAAUCGCUUGAAAGUUUAUCUGGGAAGUUGGUAAUUCCAACUGGGUUGCUUCCAGCUUCGCCAGAAGACAGCAAUGACCACAACUGGCACACCAUUCUUAAUUGGUUAGAUAAAUGGGAAAAGGGGUCAGUGAUCUAUGUAGCAUUUGGAACUGAGGUCAAGCUGAGUGAUGAAGACUUCACUGAAAUUGCUGUGGGAUUGGAAUUGUCUGGUUUUCCUUUUUUUUGGGCUGUGAAGAAUCGAAACAUCUCAGGUGGUAGUGUUGAGUCACAGGAUUGGAUUGAGAAUGAGUCAAAAAGGGGAAUGAUUUGGAGAACAUGGGCACCUCAGUCAAGGAUUUUAGCACACAAAUCUGUUGGAGCAUUCCUCACUCACUGUGGUUGGAACUCAGUGAUAGAGGGUCUCCAAGUUGGGUGCCCACUUGUAAUGUUGCCCUUCCAAUAUGAUCAAUGGUCAAUUGCUAAGUUUAUGGAGGAGAAGAAGGUAGGGGUUAAAGUACACAGAAAUGAGCAUGAUUCCAAGUUCACUAGGGAUUCAGUGGCCAAGGCACUGACAUCAGUGAUGACGGAAGAGGAAGGGAAAUAUCUUAGAAAAGAAGCACAAGAGAUGAGUAAAAUAGUUGGGGACAAACAACUGCAACUAAAAUAUGUGAAUGAGUUUGUUGAUUACAUGAAAAACAAUAGGUCUGGCUAUAAUUAGUAUAAUGGCAAGUUAGACUUUGAUUUCUCUUAGAGUUUGCCAAUCUAGGAGCAACUCAGUCCAACCUAGAAGUGUACCAAGAAGCCUACCUAUCUUUACAAUGCUUUUUCUAUAUUAGUUAUGUCUGCGUUUUUUCUUAAAUUAGUCAGAUUUCCCUUCAAGAAUAUGCUGCCAAGAAAUAAUGUCUGCAAAAUGAGGAAUGUUAGUUUGUCAGAAAGACGCUAAGAAGAAGCAAUAAAAAUUAGUUUGAGUUUUGUGUU